AGCUAUGGGGGGCUGGGUGCGACGGCUGCUGCAGUGAGACCUCGGGAGCCUCCGAACCGCUGGAAAACCCCCCCUAGCCAAGGCACGCCUCUGGAUGCCCGCCGGUGCCAAGGGGAUGGACCGCUAGAGAUGCCGCCGUCGAAGGGCGUCGGCCACCCAAGGCCAACGCCUUGCUGCGAGACCCACCCAAGCAAUGGAUGGAGGUGCUGGGGACCAGGCCUGGGCCAGUGUCCGUGGUCCCCCGGUGCGUGGAGGGUGUGUUCUCAAGUAUCCGGUUAUGGCAAGGUAUUGCUGGAGUCCUUGCUGCUAUCAUUUUGAUUUUGUGUAUUCUGUUGGUAAACCGUUCUUCAGGCAAAGAUUUUCCUGUCUGUCCUUCCCUGGAACUCUGUCCUUCAGGUUGGCUGUAUUUACAGAGGAAAUGCUACUACCUUUCAGACUCUGAAGCCAACUGGAAUUACAGUCACAGCCUGUGUUCUCUGCACAAUGCUUCUCUCCUAGUGAUUGAAAAUCACCAGGAACUGAGUUUUAUGAUGAAGAUAACAAAGCAAGACCUGUGGAUUGGACUCUAUAAAAGAAAUGAAGAGUUCUUUUGGGUAAAUGGGAAACAAUUAGACAAUAAUCUGACUGAAGUAAAAGGCUCUGGAAACUGUGCCUACCUUAACUCAAAAGGAGUCUCAGCCUCUGGAUGUUAUUUAACUAGGAGGUGGGUCUGUAGCUUGGACGUAAUAAAGGUGGAGGAAGCCACCAAUCCUGGCACUUAGCACUCCAAUGCGAUGUCUACACAGGCUAUGUCUAUAGUCUGGGACUUGAGAAUACAUCUCAGCUCCUGCGUGGAGGUGAAUGAUUUUUCUGAUAGAAUCAGAAUUGGCUGGGUUGGAAGGGACCU